AUGCUUUUCAAGGCUUCCGCGGCCCUCGUGCUGACCUUGCUCUCGAUCACCACUUCGGCCUCGUCCAAGAAGGCGGCAGCCCUUGAGCCCCAAGCGAUGCCCACCGGCCCGAGCGGUAUCACCAUUCACCCCGUGGACCACCAGAACUACAGCGCCGGUCAUGCGCUCUCCUUGAACUACCAAGGUUUCCAGCGCUUUUCGCUCGAGACGGCGACCAUUGACGUUGUUUUGAAGACUGCGAACGGGCUCAACGAAGUUGUCGUGAGUGGUAAAGAGCCUCAACCGUUGACACCCCCGUCCCCCCCCCCGGGGGCCCUCUCUUGCUCGCUCGCUCUCUCUCUCUGGCCCGCCGGCUCCAGAAAAACUCUCGUAUACCUCCAAAGAUCCAGGUAUGAUCUAAACCUGCUUCACACCAUCGUACCAGUUUGCCACAGAUUUGGGUGCCGUCAAUAGGGCAGGCUUAUUCAGCGCGGCUUUUGUGCUGCCCGAGUUGUACCACAUGCUCCCCGAGGAGAAGGACAAACCCCUCCUGGCAAAUGUGAGUUUCAUUUUCGCCAACGAUCGGAGUCUACUCCUCGACAGACUGCUCUGCCGUUCCACACGAUGCUGAGACCUUUCUUGUCGAAUGGAUUGUUGUCCCACCAGGUCCACAUCCUCGAGCGUGAAAAGCAGUUCCUUGGUAACGGCAGCUUCAAGUUCCAGACGCGCUACCAGUCGCAAGCGCCUUCCAUCCUCAUUAACAACGCCAAGUACUUCAUCCACACGAAGAAGUCCUCGUAG